AUGCCUAGAAGUAAACGUUCUAAAUUAGUUACAUUAUCAAACACAGAAAAGAAAACAAAAGAAGAUAAAACUAGAUUAUUUGAUGAUAUUAGGUCUGCAUUAGAUGAAUAUAAAAAUUUAUUUAUAUUAAAAUUAGAUAAUAUAAGAACACCAAUAUUACAAGAUAUAAGAAAUAACUGGACUGGUUCAAAAAUCAUAUUAGGUAAAAAAAAAGUAAUUCAAAAAGCCUUGGGAGAAACAAUUGAAGAAGAAUAUAAACAAGAUUUACAUAAAUUAUCAAAAACUUUGAGUGAAAAUUUCUUACCAGGUUUAUUAUUCACUAAUGAAGAUAAAUCAACAGUUGAAGAUUAUUUUGGUACAUUUGUCAAGAAUGAUUAUUCAAGAAUUAAAACUAAAUCUCCAAUAGAUUUUACUAUACCUGAAGGUAUUAUAUAUUCAAGAGGUGGUCAAAUUUCAAUUGAAGAAGAUGUUCCAAUGUCACAUUCAUUAGAAGAAACUUUUAGAAAUAAAUAUAAAAUACCUACAAAGAUUAAAAGUGGUAAAAUAUGGUUAGAUGAACCUUUUGAAGUUUGUAAAAAGGAUGAUAUAUUAAAUGUUACACAAACUUUAAUUUUAAAACAAUUUGGUAUUGCUGCUUCAGAAUUUAAAAUUCCUUUAAUUGGAAGUUAUAUAGAUGAAAAUGUGACUAUUUAUUAG